AAUCAAUCGACCUACCAAAUCAAUCGACCUACCAAAUCAAUCGACCUACCAAAUCAAGCGGACAUGCGUUCUCGAAAACGUGGUCGCGGCCCUGACACGCAAAUAUCCGGGCCACCUACAUGCACCCACCAAUGAGGUGCUGUAGUUGGGUUUUCGCCCUAGAAGCUGAUCUGGAAUCUGUGGCCGUGCCACGCUUUGACCCUCGCCCAAAAAGACAGCUGCAGUUGUGGCGCGGAAGUAUAAAAGGGCUCUCUUCAGUCGCCGUCAAAGCAUCGAACGCCUGCGCCUUUCGUCCUCUAAAGACACCACCAUGUCCCAUCCGUCCUCUUUGUCUCCAUUCACGUCCAAGCUCAUCAUGGACCCAGAUAGCGCGACCGUGUUCUACCCCACUCCAGCACCGACGCCAUCGACAUAUUACCCCCAAGCCGCCUCCGCAAGCUCCUCAUCGCGCUCAUCACCCGCGUACAUCACUUUCUCAGUCGCACCCGCCCCAUCGACCCCCGACAUCGAGCCCGUGGCGUCCCCCAACGCCUCGUCCGACCUGCCGCCUGUCUCCCUAUCGUCGGUCGCUCAAGAAGCUUUGACUAGGUUCAACAUGAGCGUAGAGCUGUGGGAGGCAAUUCUCAGGGAUGCCGAAGCACAUGCUCGCUAUCUCUUGCGCGCGCCCGCCGCGACGCUUCCAAGCCCGCCAUCGACGCCUGCGCCACAAGCGAAGGCCAAGGCCAAGCAUAUCCGUAGGCCGGUCAACCGCUGGUUAAUCUUCAGGCGCUGCGUCAACUUAUCCAAGCACCUCCCCGACCUGCUCAGGAGCGAACAGAGUCAUCUUAGCGAAGUCUUCGGGCCCUGCUGGAAAUCGCUCCCAAAAGCGCGCCAGCAUGUGUUCAAGGAGUGUGCCAACAAGGAGGCCGAGGCGCAUCGGAAGAUGUACCCCGGGUAUACAUACCAGCCCACUCGGAAGGCCGAGAAGAAAAGCAAGUCCUGCGGGGACGUCAGCGACGAGAGGGGAGCCAAGGAGUCCGCGCGGGAACGUUACUCCCAGACCGUCGCCGCUGCAGGUUCGUCCUCGUCGAAGAGGAAGGGCAAAGCGAGGGCAACGGCGAGCGAGCGCGGGGUGGCGACGAGCCACGCACAGCAUCCUGCCGUAGACCUGCUUCUCGUGCCACCGCCACAGCAGCUGCCCAUCCACGCCCCCACGGCAGUGCCACCCACCCUACCUUCGAUCAGGUUCCCGACUCCGCAGCCAGUCUAUUAUCCUGCUGCUUCCACAAGCUGGGCGUACAGCCCCUCAACAAUGCCGUCGUGGCAGUUCUCGGAACCGAUCCCCACUGUGCCGAUAGCGCAGCAGAACUACUGGUACUCUACGCCAGUGUCUCUGCCAGUGCCCUCGGCGCCGAUACCAGAACCGGCCCCUGCAUCGCUACCGCAAAUGUCGAUGGAGGACUACUCCAACAUGUACUACCCCACAUUUAACUCCUUCGACUGGAAUUCUUUCGAUUCUUUCCAAGCGUAGGCUCGUCAACCAUCUAAUGUGGCGUGAUACCCCCCCAGGCCUCAGGGAUGAUCCUUGGGUACUGAGUUGUGGCGCAUGGAUACUAUGUUAUUCCUAUUUCAUCAGCUUCGAGUCUACUUACGCAUGAUACCCGAUGAUACCCAAUGCAAUAUAUCUCCUUUCGUGUCUUCUGUGAGCCUAGUGCGUGAGUCAUGGGGAAGCCCGAGGAUGCGAGGCGAAUGGACGCGCCACCAGUGGAUGGUUGUGUUCAAGAAAGACAG